AUUUUUUUUGGCAGAAACCAGAACACCUAAUAAUAAUUUUAAUUUCUGUGUAUAAAUAGCAAACAAUUUAAAUCGUUUGUUAUCAGUUUAAUUAAAGCAAUUUAGUUGACCACAACAAAACCAACAACAUGUUCAAAUUCUUCGCUUUGUGUUUGAUGGCCGUCGUUGCCUUGGCUGCUGCUAAGCCCGGCAUUGUUGCUCCCUUGGCUUACUCCGCUCCCUAUGUAGCUGCUGCCCCAUACACAGCUGCCUACACUGCCGCCUAUGCCGCUCCCUACACUGCCGCUUAUACAGCUCCCUACUAUGCCUCUCCCUAUGUAGCCGCUCCUUAUGCUAGCGCCUACACUUAUCCCUAUGCCGCUUCCUACUUGUUGCGUAAAUAGAUGAUGGUUGCAAUUUGGAGUAAAAGUUUUUGAUCAAUUAAUGAAGUGUUGAACCCUGUUUUUGGACUAAGCGAAAUAAAAUUUAGAAACAA